AUGUCCUACAAGCUCAAGUUCUUGAAAGAUGCCCUCGAUGUGCAGGCUUUGAAGUUUGGCAGUUUCACUCUGAAAUCUGGCAGAACGUCGCCAUACUUUUUCAACAUGGGCCAGUUCUCAACAGCUGCUGCCUUGAGCAACGUAGCUACCGCAUAUGCUCAGACUAUCAUUGAGUCGGGACUGGAAUUCGACAUCCUGUUUGGCCCAGCGUACAAGGGAAUCCCACUUGCUGCUAUCACCGUUGUGAAGCUUUACGAACUGGGUGGGGAAAAAUAUGCCAAUGUUGGAUACGCGUUCAACAGAAAGGAGAAGAAGGACCACGGAGAGGGUGGAAUGAUUGUGGGCUGUCCGCUGGAAAACAAGAAAGUUCUGAUUAUCGACGACGUUAUGACCGCCGGAACUGCCAUCAACGAGGCAUUUGCUAUUAUCAAGGCCGAAAAUGGCCAGGCUAUUGGUUGUAUCAUCGCUCUGGAUAGACAGGAAGUGGUCAAGGACUCCGACCAAAGUGCAACCGCUGCUGUUUCCAAAAGAUACAACGUGCCUGUUUUGUCUAUUGUGAGUCUUGAUGACAUAAUUGAGAAUCUGAGGGACCAGCUCACAAAAGAACAGCUAGACAUGAUUUUAGAUUACCGUCAGCAAUAUGUUCCUGCUACUACUAAAUAA